GUAACGCAUUCUCCUGUCAGCCAAUCAGAGCCCGAGUUUGUCCCACGCGUGUAUUGUUUAAACUGCUCAGAGACGCAGCAGCAGCCUGAGGUAAAGUUGUACAGGACGCUAUGGCGGCUGUGGGAGAGGAGCAGCACUGCACUGCUGUACAGGAGUGUACAGGGCUCAGGGCUGAGGACGAGCUGUCAGCACUCAGUCCUGACGACAUCACCAGCAGGACGGAGCGGACACGCAGAGAGUUUUAUAACCGCCGCAAAAUCAUCAUUAAAAACCUCCCCGCUGACGUCAACAACCAGGAGGUUCAUGAGUUGUUAAAAAACUAUGACCUGAAGUACUGCUUUGUGGACAAAUACAAAGGAACUGCUUUUGUGACUCUGCUGAAUGGCGAACAGGCCCAGUGCGCCAUCAAGGAGUUCCACCAGCAAGUGCUGCGUGAUCGUGAGAUCUCCGUGCAGCUGCAGCCCACAGAUGCCCUGCUGUGUAUCGCCAACCUCCCUCGGGCCUUUACGCAACAGCAGUUUGAGGAGCUGGUGCGGCCCUUUGGAAACCUGGAGCGUUGCUUCUUGGUGCACAGUGCGUGCACGGGUCACUCCAAGGGCUACGGUUUUGUGGAGUACAUGAAGAAGGAUUCAGCCGCCCGGGCCAAAUCGGAGCUGUUGGGUAAACAGCUUGGCUCCCGCAUGUUGUAUGUGCACUGGACCGAAGUGGGAUCGCUGACGUUCGCCACGCUUCACUCGCGCUGCCUCUGUGUGGACCGCCUGCCUGCCAGCCUCAUGACUGCUCAGGAUCUGCUGAACACAUUGGCUGACAUGCCGGAGCCCAUCUUCUGCCAGCUCGCUCAGGGACAAGAUGGAAGUUUCCGGCGGUUUGCCAUUCUGGAGUACUCCACAGCAGAGAUGGCUGAAGAGGUGCAGCGAUUAACUGAUGGAAGCCCUGUAGGUGGUGGCCAUAUCCGUGUGUCCUUCUGUGCUCCAGGACCUCCAGGCAGGAGCAUGCUGGCAGCACUCAUUGCUGCUCAGACUUUGGCUAUAAACAGGGGAAAGGGUCUCCUUCCUGAACCUAGUGCCAUGCAAAUACUUUCUAGUUUGAGCAACCCGGCAACCCUGAAACUGCUGCUGGCUUCUCUUAAUCAAGGACACAAACAAGGUCUGCUCGGUGCAGCCCCGGUCAUGCCGCUGCUCGCUAACCCGGCACUCUCUGCUGCGCUGGUGCAGCUGCUGCUUCAGAACCAAGUCCAGCAGCAGACCGGACUGCUAGGUGAAAACCUUCUGGCGUCUGGGCCUUUUCAGCAUGGUGUUAAUAUGCUGGGAGAUCUACCUCAUGGUGCCCUGGGUGUGCAAACUGAGCCUUUAGGCCCCAUAAAGCCUCCACCUCUGGGCCGGACACUAGGGAGGGAGCCAGAGUCCACAACCACACCCAACACUUUCCCCACAAACCCUUCUCCUGAGCUACAGGGCAUGAGCGUUCCACUUCUGGGUAGCAUGCUAGGAGGUGAUGGAUCCACUCUGCCAACGACCUCUUUAUUAGGAGAGCCACCCAAAGAGAUUGGCGUGUCCCCAAACCCCUUUCUGAACGCACCCAGUAUAUUCCCAUCCUCUGCUGCCAACUCCAGGCCCCACCCGUACAGGAAGAGACCUGUUCUAGGUGGCAUGGCUAACCAACGGCCCCUCCACAGUAACCUGCGCUGCCAAGACUCGUACCAGUUCCCAGCGGUGCACCAGGACGCUUUCUCUCCUCUCUAUGAGCAUCUGGAGACUCUGGACAGCACAGGAGCACAUCUGGCCUAUGGGGCACAGCACAUGAGACGUGGAGCCAUCAGUGAGCGAGCGUCUCCGUUCUCUUACCCGUCUAGCCCUCCCGGCUCCUCCUACUUCGGCUUUGGUGCCCCCGGGACUGCGCCCACCACCCAGCUCGAUAAGGCUGUGGCAAAGCCUCCCAUGACACCCUCAAGUGUUUUUCCUGCUGCGCCUGGAAGUGGAGUUAAGACUCCUGUCGGGGGACAGAAGCGUCUCUUCUCAUGGUUGAUUCCGUCUCCAGAGCCCAGUCCAGAGGGUGGCUACGUGGGUCAGCAUUCUCAGGGCCUCGGGGGUCACUACGCCGACUCCUACCUGAAACGGAAGCGCAUCUUUUAACCCGUUUGCUCAUUGUGGCUGUUGUUGACCCCUGCUGGCUGUGUGUGGUGUUUGGGAAUCCAGCAUCCCAGAAACUUCCUGUUAAUGCGGCCCAAGCUGAUCAGUGGGAGUUUUGUUUGUGAAUGAUUUAAGUGCGCAUGUAAAUUUAUUUUAUUUCCCCAUUUUUAAUUUGCCUUUUUAAGUUUUAUUUUGUUAAUGCUAAGACCACAGGUACCUCACAAUAUACCCCCCCCCCCCCCUCAAAUUAGACUUCCCCUUGAUUUGUCUGUGUAUAUAGUUGAGCAGCAUUCAUGAAUCCUCAGUCCUUUCUUUAGUCAUUGGAAACCCCAGUGCUGUGUGCCUGCGUGUGUGAGGUGGGGUGUGUGUGUGUGUGUGGGAUCGUCUCUGGUCUGUGUGUGUGUGUGUUAGAUGGUCUCAUGUCUGCGUGUGUGUGGGAUGGUCUCUGGUCUGUGUGUGUGUGUGUGUGUGUGUUAGAUGGUCUCAUGUCUGCGUGUGUGUGGGAUGGUCUCUGGUCUGUUGCGUGCUCGUCGUCUGUCCCGGCUGCUCUGUUUGUCAGUGUUCAUUGCUUCACCAUGUUUGAUCUGUGUUUGUUAAACCUGCCCGGGUCCCUCCACAUGUCCCCUUCCUGUCACGUGUCCAUGUUUCCUGCACUAAGUGUUGUGUGUUGCACUUGGAGGACGCGAGUCACCUGAAAUUUGCCUCUCAUCCUGACACUAUCCAUUUGUCUUGUACAGUUCUGUACCAUUUUGUCUUCCUUCCUGUCUCUCUGUUUACUCUGUGUUCAGACUGUAGUUUUGCCGUAACCAUCCCUGAUCCUCACACUGACUACUUUCCAAACCCCCCAGCAGGGGGAGCUGGUGAGCUUUGAUAACCUAUCGUUUUCUUUCUUAUAUAGAUAUAUAUAAGUACUAGAACAAGUAACAGUCUGGAGCAGGCUGGACCUGUGCUCAAACAUAUCGGUUCAAUUAUUUUCUUUUUUUUUCCUUCAUCUGCCCCUGUGCCAGCUCCAUCUUGACUCCUGUGGAUGGAGUUCUCACUGACUUUACCCCACGGCUGGAUUCGGAGCACCAGAUCUGUGACUUGCUUGCUGACCUUUUCCAUUGUAGUAACUGAAUAUCUUUAGUGUGCUGGAGUUUCUGAUGGACUCUACAGAUAACUGGUGUUUAAACUCCAACGUGUCCAGUGUAAUCUCUCACCUGCUUAUUUGCUGUGUUCAUACCUGAGCUUGUAUAUUUCUUUGCAAUUUUUGGCUCAUAUAUAUUUUUUCUUUUUCCCCCCAAUCUAGUCUACUGGAAAUGGAAGUGCUACUGUAUAUAUUUUUUUCUUGUACAUUUAUUUUUUUUAUUAUUUUGAUUGUGUGAUCUUGCAGCAUCUUUCUGAAGGAGUUUGUACACUAUACUGCUGUAAUGUAAAGAACCAAACGGACUUCAUCUGUAAACUGACUGCUUAGCAAGUGCACCAUCGUUUGUACAGAGCCGCCAUGUGUUUGACUGUAGAUUUCAGCAAGUAAAUGUUAUUUAAGUUUA